AUGACUGCUUCCAAGAUUAUGGAUUUACAUUUCUUCCUUCAAUUUAUAAGUUAUUUCUGGGUAUUUUAUUACAAUGUACACAAAUUAGCUGCAGAAUUGGAAGAUAUUAUAUCGGUCAUGUCGCCACACUUUAGUAGCAAACCAGGAACAUAUUAUUCGGAUGUAUUAUUCUUUAUUUCACUGGGCUUGCACAGAAUCGCUCCCAGCCACCAACGAUUCGCCGUAAUGUUUGACGCAGACACGAAAUUUCGUAAAGACGUUAAGGAUCUGUUUGAAGAAUUUAAUAAGUUUGGAAAAAAAGCUUUGUUUGGCUUGGCUCCAGAGCUCACUCCAGUUUACCGACAUGUUUUGUACUUAUAUCGCAAUAAACAUCCGAGAACGAUGUUUGGCGAACCGCGACAUAAAGGUGGAUAUCCUGGCUAUAAUAGUGGAAUGGUGCUCUUUAACCUGGAAAGAUUACGGAAGUCACAUGUAUAUAGUGAGAUUGUUAAUAAAGAUAGCGUGGAUGCUUUAACAGAGAAAUAUCAUUUUAAGGUAAGUUUGAAAUGAUCAGUUUAUUCAAAGUUAUACAACUGAAGUUUUCAGAGCCGAGACUAGAAUGUGUAAAACGAACAAGACACUUGCUUUAUAUAAAAAAUUUGAAAGUGUGCAAAAAUAGCAAUAUAAAGAGUUUUUUCUGAUUCUUGAUGAAAUUAACUGAAGCUGUAAUAUGUCAUUACAAAUUUAUUAAUUACAUUAGUUGACUCGAGUAAUAUAAUACAAUUAUAUAACUCGAUUUAAAUCUCCAUAACAAAAUUUUAAGAUGGUUAACUUUUUGUUGUUUAAAAUAUUACUUUAAUGUUACUAUUGUUAUUACAUUAGUCUUUGACUUAAUCUUAUAAUACUGCAAUUUUUUAUUCUGUGUAAUUUUUUUAUUUAAAUGUAGGAUUUAGUCGAUGGUGUGCAUGGUUAUAAGCUAUAAAGUUUUACACUGACCUGAUUAAUAUUUUACCAAUAAACGCAGCAAUAUCCCAUUUCUCAUAAUCAAGAGACCAUAUGUAUACAAUGAAAGCUGCAGUAUUAUGAGAUUGAUUUGAAGACAUAUAUAAAUGACAAAUAUAAAUACAUUUUGAUUGAGAAUAUUUUCAAAAUAAAUAUCUUUAACUAUUUUAAACGCUUUAAUUGGCACAUUUUCUUCAUAUUGUUAUUUUUGUAGAGAAGAUAAUUUUUUUUUUUUUAAAGUAAGUUUUUGUGCUUUUACACGUUUACAUUUGUAAAAAAAA